AUGAGAGGAAUUUAAGAAGAAGAAAAAGAAAUUUAAGUAAAGCUACCUGGCAUGAAUGUAAGAUCUUAUCUUGAUGUAGCUAAAAAAUAAGCCUCAUCUGCUAUCAUAGCUGAAUAGGAUGAGCUAGAAAUAGACCAAAAUAAUUCUUAACUACCAACUCUCCAAUAAUAUUAAUAGAAUAGAUCAUUUUAAAAGCAACCUUAUUUGGAAAACUUUACAAUACAAUAAACAAAUAAUGAUUUAUUAGUCCAUAAAUAUUAAUCAUGCAGAGUAGAUAGUCUAUAGUAGUUUCCAGAUCAAAAUAAAUAGUAAUAGUUUAACAUUCAUGGCAUCAUAGAUGAAGAAUAAAAAUAAUAAAAAGCAAAUCAAACUAAUAUUUAAUAAGAUCUAAUAAACACAAGUCUAGGUUGUAGUUAGUUUAAUCACAAAAAUAACAUCCCUUUGUUCAAUCCUGAGAAUAAAAUUAGAAUUCUCGUUAACGGACUUAUAGUCUGCUAUAAUUGCUUUUAUUUAUUUACUAUUUCGCUGACUUUGUUUUUUAAAGCUGAAAUAUAAGAUUAUUAGCAUUUGUUUCACUAUGUAGCUAUAGUAGCUUGGAUUUUCGAAAUGGUUUUGCAAAUGAAUACAGCAACAUAUCACGAAGGUGAUUUCAUUACUGAUAGAAAAACUAUUUUUAGAAUAUAUGUCAAAGAGUAUUUCUUUUUUGAAGUAUUGCCUUUAGUAUUUGAAGGAAAGACUUCAACCAAUCCAACAAUAAAUAUAUUCUUGCAUCUUCCGCUUCUCCUGAAAUUGAAAGGAAUGUCUAUAAUAUUAAGUAAAUUAGAAUUUCUCAUCCUUCAGCAUUUGCAUAAACCUCAUGUAAUGUAAAUCUGCAAGAAGCUACUACAAAUACUACUAUUAGUUCAUUUGAUGGCAUGUUCAUAUGCUACUUUAGGCAAUUUUGAGAGGAGUAUUUUGCUAACUUAAGAAAAUUGGAUUGAUUUAAGUAAAAUAUAAAAUAAUGGUUAUUGCUGGUGGACUGUUUAUAUUGAAGCAUAACUUUGGGCAUUUUAUACUCUAAGCAAUUCUUAUUCAAGCUCUGUCAUCUCAAAGUAUGAAUAUGCUUUUACUUCUUUUUGGAUGCUCAUAUCGUACGUAGUUUUUGCUUACAAUAUAAUUAAUUUGGGAAAAAUAUUUUAAGACAUUAACUCUGCAAAAGAAAACUAUCAAAAAGACCUGAAUCUGUUGAACAGAUUUAUGAAAAGAAAGAAGAUAGAUCUAGAAUUGCAAAGAGUAAUCAACUCUCAUUUGAUAAAACAAUAUGAAUAAGAAGCUUCCACUCAAUUUGAAGCAGAAAAAGAUACUCUGAAAAAGCUAAGUCCUCAUAUGAGAAAUAAGUUGAUCACCGAAUCAAGCAAGGGCAUAAUUUCCUAAUUCUCUAUCUUUAACAAUUUAUCCUAGCAGACCAUAUAUAAUUUAUACCAAAUUAUAGAAGAAGAAUGCUAUUCAGAGGGUUAGGAUGUGCACAUUUUUGAUAAAAAUACUCAAGAAUACUUCAUCUAUUUAAUCUUUUCUGGAAAAGUUGAAAUAUUACAAUUGUUAGACGAAAAAUACCAAAAUCUGGAUAAUUAAAAUUUUGACUCGAAAUAUAUGAAUCAGGAUAAAGGUUCUUCAAUACAAUAAUAUCAGAAAUCAAUUUGCUUUUUGAAAGAAGGAAAUUUGUUGGGCGAAUAUGAAUUCUUUUCAAACAUGUCUUAUCCAUAUAGGUUUUCAGUAAAUCAAGAAAGGUAUUUUAAAAAUAGAGGAGGUAAAAAAUCUCAGCGAUUAAUAAUUAAUAUCCCAACCAAACAAGUUAUUUCAAGCGAUGAUGAUGACGAUGAUUAUGAUGAUAAUAUAGAAUAAGAGCCUUUCUUUUUUUAAUCACAAUUAAAUCCUGUAUUAGAAGAAGAGACCUCUAUUUUAUUAUAAAACAAUAAAUAUGGUACUUAUAAAACUAAUAAUAAAUCAAAAUACAGAAAAGAAGAAUCGAAAUCUGAGUUUUCUGAUCCACAAGAGUAAGAAGUUUAAGGUGAAAAAAUACUUGAAUAAGCUAAGAAUAAUCCCACUAAUAUAACUAACAAAAGAUAAAGCAUUAAAUCUAAAAUAAGCCUAUUAAAAUAAUAAAGAAAUAGCAUGGAAAGAUUAGAAGACUUAACUAGUAAUCAAGAUAAAAUAGAUUAGAUUUAAAGAAAUUAUUUUUAAGAAGAAAAAUCGAUAACACUAAAUAUAGAUGAAAGGACUUUAAAUACGAAUUGCAGUUAAAAAAAUCCAACUGAAUUAAGCUAAAGUUCAUCUUUGUAGCAAUAAAACUCACUUAUGCGUGAUAAAAGCUUGAGUCAAGUGACAAGCCAAUAGGCACUAAAAAAAUAAACUUAGUUUUAAAAACAUUUAACUUAUUUAGAAAGUAUUAAAGAAAUAGAAUCUAAUAAUUAAAUUUACAAUCCAAAUAAAAAAUCUGAAUUGAGUUAAGAAAAUAUUUUAAAAGGAAACACUUUGACACCAUUAAAUACGAUAUAAAGUGGACAAUUACAUUUUAACAAAAAUCACGAUUAAUGCUCGUAAAUGAAAAUUAAUAGCUAACUUUUGUAAAAAUGUUGGAAUGAAUCUAAUUUAUACUGGAAUUUUGAUAAAAUUGCUAAUUUUAUUUACUUCUUUCCUGAAUUUAAUUAUAAAAAUGUUUUAAAAAAUACAAAAUUAAUUAAAGAUAAAAAAAACACUGUUAAGCAAAAUAAAAAAUAAAUUAUUUGA